AAAAUAAAUCUUCUUUCAGCCCAAUUGUCAAAAAAAAAACUUCCUUCUGCCCUUCCGAAGAAAUUCUUCCUCCCGAGCGCGACGCCCCUACUGCCGCCGCGGCGUGCCCAGCCGGCCGAAGCCUCCGCUGCCCUGCCGCUGGUAUAGGAGCCCAGCAGCGUCUCCCUCUGUCGAGCAGCCGCUCCCGCCCAGCAACGCCGCCGCCCGGAGCUACGCCAGCGACCAGUCCAUAACCAGGGGAGAUGCUGAAAUUUAUGCGAAUGUCAAGAAGCUCAAAUGGAAGGCAAAAAAAUCGUAAACGAGUGGUAAAAAAAGAGGUGUCCAGCAUUUUAAGUGAUCGGCGUAAAGCUGUGGUGGAGAACAUCACUCAAGAACUUGCUACAAAGUUGUCCCCAAGCAUUAUCUCUCUUGCUUCAUUUGAUGGAGACAAGAUGCAUUUUAGAAGCACGGGCAUAGUUCUUGAAAACAGUUCAUCUGGUGGUACAUGUGUUCUAACAUCGUCGGCUUUGGUUAGCACAUCAGAUAAGGAACGCAUGCUUACCCCUGCACUGAAGAUAAAAUUGCGCCUUCCCAAUAACGAAGUUGUUGGUGGGUGGAUAAAACAUUAUAGUUUGCCUUUCAGUAUGGUUGUUAUUGAAACUGGAUUCUCCCCUGAUCUUCGUGCAGCAUGUCUCAGUAAAAGCGUGCAAGUCAAGCCCCAUAGUCAGUUAUUAGCUGUAAAGCAUUGUUUCCACUCAGGCAAAUUAAUGGAUACACGUGGGGAACCGAUUGACGGUCCAAGUGAAGUUGACAGUGAAGGGUUUAUGUUCUCCACAUGCAAAAUUACUAUGGAUGGAAGUGGUGGUCCACUUGUUGAUUUUGAUGGGAACAUUGUUGGGAUGAAUGACUAUCAUGAUCAGAAAAUUACUCGAUAUGUACCAACAAAUAAAAUUCUUGAAUGUUUGAGGAAUCUUGGGUUAUGUGUGGAUGAAAUGGAAAAGUUUUCCAUUACCUUUAAUCCCUUUUCAGUAGGUUUCUCAUUUGGAGUGCGAGGUAGCUUGAAUCAAACUGGCUCUAGUGGGAGAAGUGGUGACAAAAGGAAACGUAAAUAUUUUGCAUCUUCUAUCCCCAAUCCACAAGAACUCAUUGAGGAUGGACCUCCACCAGAAUUUACUGUUGAUGACCAUAAGCAUCCAACUAUUCAUCCCUGGCCAUCCAGUGAGUUCACAAAGGUGGUAAAUGAUAUCUUAAGAUCUGAUGGUUAUCCCUUGCCAGCUUAUGCUGACAGAGGCAUGCAUUUGGAAGGUGAUUUUGAAGAGGAAUUUGGCAUAGCCAUGUGGAGUGAACCCACUAGAAAAGUUGCUUCAAUGAAGUCUUGGAGUGUUGUCGCACUCGCUUCGUUCAAUGGCAAGGAAAGACAUUUUGCUUGCACAGGUGUAUCUAUAGACUGCAAUGAAUCCACCUCAAGAAUUCUGACUUCAGCAAGUUUGGUUAGAACUUCCGGUGAUGAAAACAAGAUUGUUGAUAACUUAAGGAUUGAAGUAUGUCUUCCAAUGGAACAACAUAUCAUAGGGACAUUACAACACUAUGAUCUAAGCUAUAAUGUUGCUGUUGUUGGCAUCCCGAAUUCUUGCAAAAAUCAUGCAGCACUAUUCUUUGAAGAACCUCAAACUAAGGUAGUAGUAGCUCUUGGGCGUGCCUUUAAAUCUGGAAAUUUGAUGGCCACAGAUGGGUCAGUGAUUGGCGAACGAGACAAAUUUGAUUGCAGAGAGCUUAAGUACUCCACUUGUAAAAUUACCAAGGCUGGAAUUGGAGGUCCCCUCUUUGAUUUGAAUGGGAACUUUGUUGGCAUGAACUUCUAUGACUCGGACGGAGCUCCUUACCUACCAAGUGACAUAAUUCAGAAUCUAUUGAGGAGUUUUUAUGCAGAGCGGACUGCUGCUGCUGGAAUUACGGAGAAGCCUAAUUAUCGUUGGCCGGUCCCUAAGCCAUAUUGGUAUUAUCCGAGUCAUCACCGGAAGCCUGAGCCAAAACACACAUCAUUUGAUUAGUUUUGAAGCUAAUGUUUUUUUUCAGAUGGAAACGAAUGUAACUUGUCUAUGAAUAUAUGAUAAUGGUGUUCAGUCAGAAUUGUCGCUGAGGAAAUGUGUUGUGCUUGUAUUUAUUUUAACCAACUUGUGCAUAAGUAAUAUGGUUACUUACACUGUUGAUGUUAUAAUGUUAAUGCUUGGCUAGACA